AUGGGAAUAUGCAAGUUGACGGAGCUGCUAAAAGAAAAAGCGCCAAAGGCUAUACGAAGCACACAAAUAGAAAAAUAUCGAGGAUGGAAAGUGGCAAUUGAUGCCAGCAUGAUUUUAUACCAGUCGCUCGUAGCAAUACGAUACGGCAUGGACAGCUUAAAAAACAAGAAUGGAGAAACAACAGCUCAUCUAUAUGGAAUCUUUUAUAAGACAAUAAAUCUAAUAGAAAAGGGGAUAGUGCCUGUGUAUAUAUUUGACGGGCUGGCGCCAGAGCUGAAGGAAAACAUACUAGUUGAAAGAAGAGCCCGUAAAGAGCAGGCCGAAAGAGACUUAGAGCAAGCAGAGACAGAAAGCGAAAAGAUGAAGCAUGCAAAAAGAACUGUGCGUGCCACAAAGUAUCAUGUUGAAUCUGCGCAAGCUCUACUGAGCGCAAUGGGGGUUCCGUAUAUGACAGCGCCCAAUGAGGCAGAAGGUUUCUGUGCAGCAUUGAAUAUUGCAAACGCUGUAAAUGGGGUCGUAUCAGAGGAUAUGGACUCUCUAGCAUUUGGGGGCAAAGUUCUGCUGCGGAACUUCUUUCCUGCUCUUAUGAAAAAGAAAAUGGCUGUUAUGGAGAUAUCUCUGGAUGAAGUUCUUAAACAAACAGGGCUGGACCAAGCAGAGUUCAUUGACAUGUGCAUACUUCUUGGAUGCGACUACUGCCAAAAGCCAAAAGGGCUUGGGCCGAAGAAGGUCUAUGAUCUGGUGCAGGAGCACCGCUCAAUAGAGAAGAUUGUAGAAAGCGGAAAGAUACAGCCAGGAGAGGAAGACUGGCCGUAUGUGGAGGCAAGAGAAAUUUUUACAUCGCAGGAAGCUGGAAAGCCCCCCGUAUUUAGCAUGGCUUUGCCGAAAGCAGAUGAAAUUGUGCAGUUUCUUGUAGAGGAAAAUGGAUUCGACCGUAAAAAAGUGGAUACAGCAGUAGCCCGGCUACAGGCGCACAGCAAAGCAAAAAAGCAGUCCUCUCUCCUGGUCUUUGCUAAAAAAACAGUGUAG